CAAAAAAUAGAAAAAAUAAACCAAAAGGGUAAAAGAAAACAGAGGAAGCGAUUUCCCGUUGCCGUUGGAUUACUCUCUUCUCUCCUUUUUCGCUCUGUUUAAAACAGAGCAACCCUUCAUCGGAACUUUAUAGAGACGACCACCAUGGGUAUAGCCGAAGCUUCUCCGACCACCAUGGCUCCGCUUCUUCUACGGAACCUAGCCACCUCUCUCUUCGUCUUUGCCGAUAAAUUCCUCAUCAAUUUGUCAAAGAAAUACAAACUUCUCGAGAUUAUUCACACCCUACUAAUCUCCUCCUUCCUCUUUUUCCUCCGUUUGCUUCCUUCGCUGUUUCCUUCGAUCCACCCGGUUUCCGAUGAUCGGUACCCUCUAAAACCCCCGAAAACUGGGAGUUAUGGUAGCGGCGGAAUCGCAGUCGGAAACGGUAGCGGAAGCGGCGAUUUAGGGAUUUCUCGUGCGCUAACGCAAUUGCUGUCGAUUAUUAGCCACGUUCCGGUCAGUUCUCGGAAAUACGAAGUGGUUCGAUCGUUGGCGGAGAAGUUGAUUGAUGAGAAUCACAGGGAAGGGAUUGAGGAACUUCGUGAGGUCAAUCGUGUGGUUCUUUCCGCCGCCUUCGGUCGGACUAUUGGUCAGAUUGAAGCCGGGAUGAUAGAGCGAGGGUUUUGUCAGGACGAUAACGACGGUGGUGGUGGUGGGGGGUCUGUGGGUGGACCGGUGGAGUUCGGGUUGGGUCAGGUUGUGAGAGCGGUUCGGUUGUUGGGAGAGUCGGCUUGUAGCCGCUUCGGGAGGGUGAAGGAGGGGGCGAACCAGACCGGAAGCUCGAUGGAGAAACUGGCGGCGGAGGUGCUGUGGUUGGCUCAAAAAAUGGCGAGUUGCGGUUGUCGGAAUGAGGUUUGUAGGCGGUGGGCUUCGGCGGCUCAGUUGGGAAGACUCUCCCUCUCGGCGGAGCCGCGGCUGCAGGCCUCAUUGGUUAAAGUCGCAGCAUUCUUGUUCAAGCAAUGCCGAGAAAUGGGAAAGGAUGAAGAUGGAGAAGAGAGUGAGAAGCAGCAGCAAAUGCAGACGAAGUUGAAGAUGCUGAUUUCAUGGCUUCCAUUGCUAUGUAGAGGCAGCAACGGGACCGAUGUGCCCAUCCUAAGCAUCGGUGAACGACGAGAGUUGGAAUUGGUGUUAGAGGAGAUGAUAGGGACAUUGCAACAAGACCAACAAGAACAAGUUUUGGCUCUGUGGCUCCACCAUUUCACUUACUCGUCGUCCUCCGACUGGCCGAACCUCCAUGCGUCGUAUGCUCGGUGGUACAGCGCCUCUCGUAAGCUCUUGAUCCACCAGGAUCAGUAAUCUAACCUUUAAAACAAAAACCUAUAACCUUUUGUUAGAAAUUCUGUUAGUAUUUGAUAGAAAUUUCAAAUGCCAUUUCAAAAUCAUAUUUUGUAUUUUUACUUAUUCCGAUAUAUUUUUUUUUCGACGCAUUCA